AUGAGUAGUAUUGUUAACAAGAGUGGUACACGAUUUGCACCGAAGAUAAGGCAGCGUCGCGUCGCUGUUAACGUCGAGAAAAGAAAGCCCGAGUCGUUAGUGAAUAAUGAAGAUGAAAGUGCUGGCCUAAAGCCCACUGAUAGACCUGUUGGACCGCGCUCCGACUCUGUUAGCUUGGAUAGUGCGGAUCCGUUUAGUCAGGGCUCGUUGAAAAGCUUGUUGGUUCGAGAAGACGAGUCAGGCGACCCAAAUAUGCAUGACAUCACGUCAAUGAGCCAAUUAGCUAAACAGCGUAGACGGUCUAGUCGGCUAGAUUCACUUGGGUCGGGUAAUGCGGUUUUCAAGCCGGAUUUCUUGGAGACGCAAGUUGCCGGUACGUCUGUGCCGGAACAAUCGCGGAAUCGUCGUCUUUCAUCUAUUUCAGCCGCUUCUUGGAAGAAAAGGCGAGUGAGUAGCAUUUCGGAAACAGACUCGUCAUUCCAAGCCAUCAAGAAACGUCGUAUGUCCUCCAGGUCUGCGAUCUCCAAAAAGUCAGGGUCUGGCCAACGAAUCAGUAUUGUUCCUCGUAUGGGCAGCGAUGAAGUUUCAACGGCCUCGGGAGCUGCAGAUUCUUCGAAUGGAGCUAACGACAAUUUGUUCCAAAGAACGGAUAGUCUGUAUGAAAAAUACACGAUAUCGAACGUAAAGGAGAUUCCAAGGCACAUAUCCGACGGAGACUCCUACCGAUAUUUGAUUGACGAAGAUAAUUUCACAAUGGGCGACCUGUGCAAGCCCAACCUGCCCAUUGGGGAAAUAUCUGACAACUUCCAGCGUGCCAAAGAAGCCGCGAAGGCAAGACAGGCGAAAAGAAAACAGCGGCGGGAACUUCGCGCGAAGGCUCGGCAACAAUUCAAACCUUUGAAAGAACUAAGUCAGAAGGAAGAUGAGUUGCGCCAAGAGAACCGGAAAAAGGCUGCCGAGGCAGUCAUGAACGCAGAGAUACCGGAGGCUGACACUAAGUUGCAAGGUAUUCAACUUAAAAUGAACCCUGACGGCACUUUCAUCGUCGAUGAAGAAUCUACUGUGGUGGAUCGACAUCAAAAUGCCACUUUACAAAAUGCACAUAAGGAAAGAAUGGACGAAAACCCAUUUGAAAAUCUUUUCAAUUCGGCCACUUAUGGAAGACAACAGUAUACGGACCCCUGGUCGAUGGAUGAGAUGGUUAAAUUUUAUAAGGCGUUGUCUAUGUGGGGCACCGAUUUCAACCUUAUAUCUCAGAUGUUCCCUUACCGUACACGACGUCAAAUAAAGGCCAAGUUCAUCAACGAGGAAAGAAAACAUCCGGUGAUGGUCGAGUUAGCAUUGCGAUCGAAAUUGCCUCCCGACUUCGACCAGUAUUGCAUGGAUGUCCGCAAGGAUUUGAGCACGUUGGAAGAAUUUAACGCCAAAUUGCUUCAACUUCAAUUGGAACACGAAGAAAAUCUCAAACAGAUCGAGGUAUCCAAGCAAAGUGCCAAGGAGGAAGAUCUACAAAUGCAAAAGGCGAAAGAAGCGGAUUUGGGAGGCAAAAAAUCUUCAGGUGGCCUGCGACAAGAUCAAUUAACCGCAUAUCGUAAAACCGAGGUGGUGUUAGGAACGAUUGAUGAUCUCAGGAAAAACAGGGUCAAAGACGCAGAAGUUGGGUCGAACAAUUGA